CUACCAACAUGGCAUCCCUCGCAAUCCCCGCUGCUUUCGGCUGGCCGCUGAUCACUGCUACGCUCAUUAGCGCUCAGGUCGUCUACACUGGCUUCCGCUACGCCGGCGGUGCCCGCUCCCAGUUCAAGGUCCCCUACCCUGACAUGACUGGCCGCAACCUCAACGAGAACGACUGGAAGGCCUUCAACAACGCCCAGCGCGCGCACUACAACUACGUCGAGGGCGCCGCGUCCGUCAUUGCGCUCAACAUCAUCUCGGGCCUGUUCUUCCCGCAUGCAUCCGCUGCGGCUGCCGGCGUCUACAUUAUCGGCCGUGAGCUCUACGCCCGCGGCUACACCAAGAACGGCCCCACUGGUCGCUCGGUCGGCGCUGGUCUCCUCGACACUGCCCUUGUUGUCAUGUUCGGCUUGAGCCUUGUUGGUGCUGGUGGUCUUAUCUACCGCGCACGACAGUAAAUCACCUCCCUACAAUGCUGGGUGGGCAAAAGGCAAGCCCUCGCACUCGAGAUUGGCUCUCCGCUAGCCGUCUUUGAGAAGGUGACAGGGGGGUUGAUUGGGUUGAGUAAUGUAACAGAACACGCCGAGAUGGCGUGCUUUGUCAAUAAAGUUGUUUGCGACUCGCUAGACA